CUGUUGAAAUGUCAGAUUAAAACAAGCUAACUGUUAGCUGCGUUCAAGUAGCAUGGAGUGUUCGGAGCACCUGCUGCUUUCAGGGCCUGUCGGAAAUCUGGGUUAUCAACGCCCUGACAAAGUGGUAAACACCACGACUGUUAGCCUUAAUUUCCUAUGAUUUACGGGUCAAACUCGGGAUAUUUGCAGUGUGGACAGUUAUGGUAAAUCUGAAGGCGUUCAUACCGACAUUCAGUCUUGUUUGUCCACAAAUUUAACCUGCAAGUUAAAAAACAAAACAAAAAAAAAACAUACAGAAUGAAGGAAAAGAAAGAAAGUAAAACAACACGAUGGAAAUGGACAGAAAAUGACAAAGGAAAAUAUAGAUCAGCAUAAAAAGCAGAUUCAUAGUCGCAUCAAAAAGAUCAUGCAGAAGGACGCAGAGGUGGGGAGGAUCGCGGUGGCGGUUCCUGUGAUCAUCUCCCGGGCGCUGGAAAUGUUCCUGAAGUGUCUGCUGACUGAAACCUGCCUGAUAACCCAGUCGAAGCUCAGCGCCGUUGUGUCUGUCGCUCACAUGAAGCAGUGCAUAGAGUCAGAGAAGCUCUUCCACUUCCUCAAAGACCUGGUGGAGCGAGCUACUUCUACAGCAGGCCAGAAGGACAACAGAGGCAUGAGCAUGUGGCCGUUAUACAGGAGCAGACGGCAUGACUGUUCUGUUAAAAAACCCACUGAAGUGGUAGAAAUGGCGCCACGAUCGAGCCUCGACUCGCUGGACAACGACUCCAGCUCUGGUGAGUCAGAGCUCUACAUCUGCUUAUGACUGUGAGCGACCAGAGGAAUGUGCUGUCCACUUACAGCAGCAUCAUUUCAUCAUGUUGCUCUCCAUUUAACGAUUUACUAAGGGGGGGAAAAAACAUUUAAGUUAUAUCAUAGUUUAGACACUUGCCUGUUAUUAGAUUUGUUUUUUGAAAAUGUUACAUUUUGUAGUGAAGCCCUCUCCUUUUUUGUUUGUCAUACAUAUGUGUUAGGAGGACAAGAAGAAUCUAUGUUUACACUAAAGAAAAUACUUAAUAUAUAAAUUGCUUCUUACUUCUAAAGGGUUUUGGUUGUUCAGGCUUUGCAGUUGAAUUGAAAAUAUAAUGUUAUGCUCUCAUCAGCUUAUGUCAGUUUAAAAGAAAAAACAAAGUGCUUAAUUUGCUGAAUAGUGGCCUUUGUGGUUUCUGUUUUGAGCGUUAAAUUUUUAAAGCACUUGUAAAUUAACGUUUUAAAGACAGCAAACCUUUGCAUAUGAAAUGUAAUCAAACUGUAAAUAAAUACAUUCAUUUCA